AUGGCGUCCAAGUCACCGACCGCGGCCUCUCCGCUGCGAAAACCGUCAUCUGCGCCCGACACCCCUAUGGUAGGGGAGCCCACGAACACAGCACCACAACCUGUUUCUUUCCCUCCACCGCAGACAUUUGACAUAAUUCCUCCGUUGCAUGGUCUUCUUCUGCGUCUUCUUUCAGCGCAAACAGCUGGUGAGGGCGGUCCAAGAACCGCUGGUGAAGCAGGUCAAGCGCCAUCAGGGUCGUCGGGUCCGGGCCAAGGUGUUCAGCAACAGACUUCGGCAACUGGGAGUGGACUUGCGCCAUUGAGUGCGAAAAAUUUGCCGACAGAGGCAAGCUCGAUCAAGAUUCGCAUACAAAAGGCACACGCGGUUGUUGAAAGCCUACCUGACAUCGGUCGCUCGGUCGCUGAGCAGGAGAAGGAGAUUGAGGAGCUCGAGAAUCGUAUCGCCAGGUUGAACGCGGUCCUUUCAGCUUUCGGGAAGAGGGCAGACACGGGGGCUUGA